AAUAUCCUUUUUGACGUGGACACCAGCAAGGCGGUGAUCAAGGUGGCGAUAGUGAUGGAGGUGUUGAAAUCUGACUGGCACUUACAUCAUCACCAACCAACCCUGUGUUCCAAUUGUUUGAGGAGGUUCUUGGUGUUGAGAACCGGUUCGGGUGGCAGCGCUGCGCAUUACGGACAAGCAUAAUGGUUGUGCAGCUUCUGAUCGGUCUGGCUAUUCCAAGGUUCGACAUGAUUGUAAACCUUGUAGGCGGAAGCACCGUACCUAUCUGCUCCUUCAUCCUGCCUGGCAUUAUGUACCUGAGGCUGGCUGACAUGGAGGGCGACUGGAAAAAGAGGCAAGCGGACAUGACAGACUCUUCCAAAAAAACGAAGGGAACAGGGGGAGCUAAGAAUGGCCUUGGGUACGCCACUACAGCCUUGUUUCUAAUCACACAAAUGGCUGGUGCUGGCUUCCUGUCGCUCCCUAGGGCUACUGCUAACACGGGCUGGCUGGGCGUGGUGAUGAUGCUGGUGUUCUGUGUGGGCGUGGGGUUUGCAGGCACAAGGCUCGGCAAGUCCUGGGUCAUGCUGGAGGAACGCUGGCCUCACCUCUACGCCGGGGGUUCUAGGCAGCCCUACAUGGAUAUUGCUGGCGAGGCAUUGGGCAAGCCUGGCAGGGUGUUCGCGCUGGUGUGUGUGUUCCUGACUCUCUUUGGCAGCAGCACGGUGUACCUCAUCCUCAUGGCAUCCUUCAUUGAAAAGCUGGCGCCCGUGCUGUCUGUCUGCGAGUGGCUGUGUGUGGUGACUCUCGUGGUGCUCCCCUUCACCUGGUUGGGCACGCCUAAGGACUUCUGGCAGGCGUCGGUGGUGGCCGCGGCGUCGACGGCCCUGGCGUGCUUGGUGAUCUUCGUGGAGCUGUUGGUGGAGGCGCCCGGGUUCCCUGAGCCGCAGUACACCAACCCCACCGUGUACACCUUUGCUCUGGGCUUCGCCUCCAUCCUCUUUGCUUUUGGCGGCGCCUCCGUCUUCCCCACCAUCCAGAACGACAUGGCGGACAGGGCGCUCUUCGGCCGCAGCGUCGUCAUUGCUUUCCUGGGUCUGCUACUGAUGUACCUGCCGGUGGCCAUCACGGGGUACGCGGUGCUGGGGGACGCCGUGGAGGGCAACAUUCUCUUCAACGUGGAGACGGACAAGGCGGUGAUCAAAGCGGCUAUGGUGAUGGAGGUGUUGAAUCUUGCAGGAACUUACAUUAUCACUUGUAACCCCGUGUACCAGGUGUUUGAGGAUCAGCUGAAUAUUGAGAAAGGGUUCGGGUGGCGGCGCUGCACACUGAGGUCUUGCAUCGUGGCGGCGCAGCUCGUCCUGGGCCUCGCUAUACCUAAGUUUGACAAGAUCCUGAACUUAAUAGGGGGUUCCACAGUGACUGCCUGCACCUUCCUCCUCCCCGGCAUCUGUUACUUGAGACUCGCAGACAGAAAGGGAGAAUGGCAGCAGAGGUUCGUGCCGCUGUGGGAGAGAACAGCGCUAAUCCUCACUAUCUGCGUGGGCGUGGUGGGCGGCGUCGUGUCCACUGUAUCAGCUGUCAUGGAUAUUGUCAACCCAGAUUCAAUGGGGCAGUCUUGCUUUGCUGAUUUUAACCAAGUGCAAGGAAUUCAAAACAAGAUGGCGUCGACAAAAAUGUCUAUUUCUUCUGUUAGCGGGAACACAGCAUGCGAGCCACAGAAAACGAAGCAAGGAUUUGGCGUGGGCAUGGCUGGGUUCUUCCUUAUUGCUCAAAUGGCGGGGGCUGGUUUCCUUGCCCUGCCCAGAGCCAUUGCUAACACAGGAUGGCUAGGGAUCGCGAUGAUGCUUCUUUUCUGCUUGAGUGUGGCUUUCGUGGGGACGCGGCUGGGCAGGAGCUGGGUCAUUCUGGAGGAGAGGUGGCCGCAGGAAUACCAUGGAGCCGUGAGGCAGCCGUACAUGGACAUAGCUGAGAAGUCCCUAGGAUACGUGGGCAGACAGAUAGCCACGUGGUCUUUGGUUCUCAAUCUUUAUGGGAGCACUACAGUUCAUCUCAUUCUAAUCUCUCAACUGUUGGCAGCCGUCGUGCAAGCAGAGACAGAUUUCUGCCUGACCAAAUGCCACGUUAUACUCAUCGUAGGGAUUUGUCUCGUUCCCUUCACCUGGCUGGGCUCACCUAAGGACUUCUGGCAGGCGUCCAUACUGGCAGUGGUCGCGACGCUGACGGCUGUGGUGGUGAUAGUGGUGCAAAUAUUCCUCAGCGAAGACACUCUGGACCCGCCAGAGUACCCGAAUCCCACUGUGGCGUCCUUCUCUCUAGGGUUUGGGUCGAUACUGUUUGCCUUUGGGGGAGCAGCUGUCUUCCCCACCAUUCAGAACGACAUGGCUGAUCGCUCGCAUUUUUGGAAGAGUGUUAUCAUUGGGUUCAGCGGUAUCCUCUCUCUUUACCUGCCCGUGACCUUGGUUGGGUACAUUAAGAUAGGAGAUGCAGUGGACAGCAACAUCCUCCUGAGCGUUGGGAUCACAAACAUAGUGGUGGUAGCAAUAGUGAUGGAGAUAAUUAACCUUCUCUGCACCUUUAUCAUCAGCUCCAACCCAGUGUUUCAGUCCAUCGAGGAGGUGUUCAAGGUGCCCAAACGUUUCGGUCCUCGCCGCGUCGCGCUGAGGACAGUGAUGGUGCUGAUCCAGAUGCUGAUUGGCUUGACUGUUCCUAACUUCGACAAGAUCCUGAACCUGAUUGGUGGGUCUCUCAUCACGCUGUGUACCUUCGUACUGCCGCCUGUCAUGUACAUAAGGCUGGUGGAGGACGGGAGUAACAAGCACUGGCCUCAAAGAACGAUUCCUCUGUGGGAGAAAGUUUACCUGAUAGAGAUCAUCUGCGUGGGACUGUGUGGGGGAAUCUUGUCCACUAUUACAGCUGCCCAUGAUCUGAUAAACCCUACUGGCGAUGGCGAUAAGUCCUGUUUCUCAAGCUUCAGUAAAUGUAGCUAGGAUAAAUGAUUGUCAGCUUUUUGGCCAUAACUCUGAUGUUUUCUGAUGUUGUGUGUUAAGGACGUGGUAUUGGAAAGUCAGAUCAUAAAGGAAUUGUGGGUAUAACUCUCGUGUGUGUUGGGGAGGUCGUGAAAGAGAUGGUAGGUGUUUGUGCUAUAAGUCUGUUGUGUUUUUCGUGUCGUGUUGGCGAGGAGAAAGUGGAAGAAGAAGUGGAUCUUUUUUCUUUUUUCUUUUUUGUGAGACCAGAUAUCAGGAAGAGAGAAGAAAGAAGGAGAAAGAGGAGGAGAGAAAAUAGUUCAGGCUGUGGGCGAAAGUUGAGAAGGAGGAAAGAGGGAAGAUGACAUGAUGAAGGAAGGCUAAGAAGAUACAGAAGAAAGAAGGAGAAAGAGGAGGAAAAUAAGAAAGAAAAAAGAAAAAAAAGAAUGGAAGAAGAGGAGGAGGAAGGAGGAAAAUAAGAAAGACAAAGAAAAAGAAGAAUGGAAUAGGAGAAGGAGGAGGAACAAAAAAGACAAAGAAGAAA